CGAUUGGUUGGGAGCCGAGAAACCUGUGUCUGAAGAAGGGGGCUGGGGCCGAGACUCCUGGGUCUGAGGGCGCAGGCACCGGGAUCUGGACUUGUGGGUGCGAUCGUGGAGAGGUCGAGUCCCGGGCUCCCCGGGUUUGUGUCGGAGAUAAGUGAUGUGAACACAAAAGAGUCGUAUUGUUAUCCCCAACUUUAUUUUUGAAGACUAGUGGCCUGGGAUGGAUUUUAAUUGAUUUCUUAUGACAACACAGCAUCCUUGUGACCUUACAGAAUUAAGAGUCGUGAGCAAGACCCUCGGAAUUUAUUGGAGGUCCACAGAGGCACACACUCCCCAUCCCCAUGCACUAGUGGACGAUGGCAGCUGACCCAGGACCCCGAGAGAGCCUCGGAGGCUAAGGGAAGAGAGCCUCCUCUCCCAUCCCGCAAUGUGGCAUCCGCUGAUUCUGCUGCUGCUCCGGUCCGCCCUGACGCCCCUCUCCUCUGCGGCCCCAAUCCGCGAAACUGACUCCCAGGAGAUAUCCUCGGGUUUUCUAGGCCUCCAGAGCCUACUCCAAGGCUUCAGUCGACUUUUCCAGAAAGAUGACCUGCUACGGGGUCUGGACAGCUUCUUCUCUGCACCCAUGGACUUCCGGGUCCUUCCCAGGAACUUCCACCAAGAAGAGAACCAGGAACGUCACCUAGGGAAUAACACCCUCUCUAGUCACCUCCAGAUCGAUAAGGUAACUGACAAUAAGACAGGAGAGGUGCUCAUCUCCAAGAAGGUAGUGGCAUCCAUUGAACCCGAGGGGAGCCUGGAAGGUGACUGGAAGGUACCCAAGAUGGAAGAGAAGGAAGCCCUGGUUCCCCUCCAGAAAUUCAUGGACAGCUUUCACCCAGAACCGCAUCCCCGAGUAUCCUUCUGGAUCAUGAAGCUGCCACGGAGGAGGUCCCACCAGGAUGCCCAGGAGGGUCACUGGCUCAGUGAGAAGCGGCAUCGCCUGCAGGCCAUCCGGGACGGCCUCCGAGAAGGAAGCCAUGAGGAAGUCCUGGAAGAUGGGACCCAAGGCUCCUCCCACUCUAAGCUGCCUGCCCGCAAAACCCACUUCCUGUACAUCCUCAGGCCCCCCCAGCAACUAUAAGAGUGGGGACCGGAAACCCACACCAAAUGGAAAUAAAAUUCUUCUUACAUCAA